AUGCCCCCUCUGCUGCACCCCGCCUUACCGCUGCUCCUGGGCGCCACGCUGACCUUCCGGGCGCUCCGGCGCGCGCUCUGUCGCCUGCCCCUGCCCGCGCACGUGCGUGCCGACCCCCUGCGCACCUGGCGCUGGCACAACCUGCUCGUCUCCUUCGCCCAUUCCAUAUUUUCAGGGAUCUGGGCGCUGCUGUGUUUAUGGCAGACCCCCGAAAUGCUGGUGGAGAUUGAGACGGCAUGGUCGCUUUCUGGCUAUCUGCUAGUUUGCUUCUCUGCAGGUUAUUUCAUCCACGACACGGUGGACAUCGUGGUGAGCCGGCAGGCUCGAGCUUCUUGGGAAUAUCUUGUCCAUCACGUAAUGGCCAUAGGUGCCUUUUUCUCAGGAAUCUUUUGGAGCAGCUUUGUUGGUGGGGGCGUCUUAACACUACUAGUGGAGGUCAGCAAUAUCUUCCUUACCAUACGCAUGAUGAUGAAGAUCAACAAUGCUCAGGAUCUCCUUCUCUACCGGGUCAACAAGUAUGUCAACCUGGUCAUGUACUUUUUCUUCCGCCUAGCCCCUCAGGCCUACCUCACCCAUUUCUUCCUGCGUUACACGGGCCAAAGGAACUUGGGCACCUUUCUACUGGGCAUCCUGCUUAUGCUGGACGUGAUGAUCCUCAUCUACUUUUCCCGCCUCCUUCGCUCCGACUUCUGCCCUGAGCGUGUCCCCAGCCGGAAACACAAAGACAAAUUCUUGACUGAGUGAAAAGCACAGGGCCUCUCAUGGCAAGGCCAGCAAACACAGCCAAGGAGAGCAACUUCACAAAAAAACUAGGACUUUGCCCUAGGCCUGGGGUGUUCUUUGUGGCCAAUCUCUGACGGUACCUGCUAUUGAAAAUACUAUGAAAGCGCUCCUGAAGUCCUUGUCCUUUCUUGGGCAAGGGGUGAGGGAAGCAGACAGACCGGUUGGACACGGUGGAUGAGUGUGUGGGGCUGUGGCGCUACUCGAAAGCCAGCCAACCCACACACUGCCCUGUAAUGGAUGCUAAUGAGAACUCUCACAGUCAAGUUCUAGUCAUCCUAGGACAACUAACCUUAAUCUGUGUCACGAGUAUCUCUGGUACCUAAGCUCCUACCGCCAGGGGUUA